AUGAGUACAUCAGAAGCGGCACAGGUGCUUUUGCAGUUACAUCGAAAUCACGAACGUGAGAAGUCGCUGAUGACAGUGAACUGCGGAUGUGAGACACACUCCAGAGUUGGAAAUAUUGUCAGUUCUGUCACUGACACGUCGGUGAGUCGCUGUUUCGCAAAAGAUGGCAGAUAUCCACGUCAGAUGCCCUGGAACGACGGUCGUCAAGUGGAGGCGCCGUUCGUUAUGAGCGAAAGCAGAGUUUCUUGGCGACAUAUGGCGUGCAACGUCACCGAGGUGCAACAUAAUCGGUGGUGCAGUUGGAAUGGUGCAUGUUCCACACAGUCGGCCGUUCGAACCGAUGCGGCCAGGGAUGAUACUGGUCAAAUAUUUCGAUUUCCGGCACGUUACUCACCGCCAUAUCCAAAGUUUUCCGCCGUUACAUGGCCGCAUGGAUACAAUCCGUGA